CCCUCCUAUAACAAAAAUUUGAAAGUUGUCUGUUAGAUGUGUAGUAAAUUCUUAAAAAAAUAACACAGUUAUCAUCGUGAAAAUGCAAAAUAAUUCGACUAGACGCAGAUCAUCCUCAAAUCCAGUGAGAAUUUCUACGAUCGACAAAGGGGAUAAGAGUUUGAUUAAAAAUGAUUCAAGAAAAACGUUAUCAAUAAAGUCAAAAUCUUCUUGUUCUGCUUCUGAUGUAUCUCAUAUUCCCAGACCUCGUAUGAGAAGUUCCUCCUGUGAUCCAGGGAAUAAUAGACUUUCUAAUUUAAAAAGCACUGGCAAAAGCAUGCUUCAUCUACCAACGACUCCAGCCACACCAUCAAACGAUAGUAUUCGUAGGCUUAAUGCAAUGGGUUUAACUGGUCGAAGAACACCAUCAAAAGAUCAUGCAAGUAACAUUGGUGCUAAAGGAGUUCGUAAAGAUACACGAAUUUUGCUAGAUAAAAAUUAUCAAGUUCAAAUGCUCAAUAAGAUAGAUAAUUAUAUUCACCAAAUUCAAUGUUCUUCUAUGUUAAACAGUAAUGGCAGUUUGAAACCUAUUACACUGAAAAUGUUUGUCGAAGUAUCUGAUUUAUUGGUAAAACUUAUAGAUUCUAAACAAACUUUAACUCUUGCCAAUUAUAUAGAACAAUUACCCAAAAUUGCUAAAAAAUUACAUUAUCCUGGAAUGAUUUCAAAAUCAUUGUUAAAAACAGCAAAUACUCCUCAUACUUGGCCUUAUGUUUUGGGCUGGUUAUAUUGGUUGGUUGAAGUUUGUCAGGUUAAAGAUUUGGCAUAUAAUAGUUUUCAAUUAGAAAAUUUGCCAUUCAUAAGUACAGAGCAACAAAUGAAAGAUAAUAAAACUUACUUCUUUUUUAUGCUAAACAUGUAUGGUGCUUGGAAUGAUGAAAAACUUGAUGAAGAAGCAGCUCUUAUCAAUGAAUAUUUGCAAGAAAUUGAAAAACAGUAUGGAGUUAGCGACAAUGACUUAGUUGAAGCAUGUGCUUCUCUAGAUAAAAAAGAACUUAUCUUACAAGAGUCUGAACGAAAAUUACAAGAUGUUGAUGCAGAAGUUCAAAAUUUAAAAGAUAUUUUGAUGUCUCUUCAAGAAGAUGCAGCUAAACAGACUAAUGAUAUAAAAGCUCUAGAAGAGUACAAAAAUAAUCUUAAAACAGAAACAGAGCAAAUUCAGAUUAAAAAUAAAUAUUUGUAUGAAAAAAUUCAAAUACAAAACAAACAAUAUAAAGAAUUACUUUUGGCAGUAAAAGAACAACCCAUGUCCAGAAGAGAAAAAGAGGACAUAGUUAAUAAAUGUUUGGGACUUCAAACUUUUAUACAACAAUUUGAUGAACAUUUGAAAGAUAUGCAAAAGGAUAUAUAUAAAUUGGAUAUUAAAAUAGCAUCUCUAAAUAGCAAUUUAUACAAAAAAGUUUUAAUUUACAACCAAGAAAUAUUUAAGCAUUUUGGUAGUGAUAAUAAUAUAGAUGUCGAAGAACUUAAAAUGCCAGAAAAAGAUAUGCUAGAUCCGUAUAUUAUAGAUAAAUUAAACAGUAUAGAUAAUUUCACAAGUGAAUUAAAAGAUAAAUUGAUUAAAAAUGUAACUAAAUGGGAAUCUUAUAUAGAAGCUUACACAAAUAAAUUAGAAUUUUUACAGAGACAAAUGAAAACUUCAGAGGAAAAUAAUGUAAUUUUACACAAUAAGUUUAAAGAUAAAAAAGCUCAAAUUAAUAAUUGGAAUAUUGAGGAAAACACAUUACGAGAACAAAAUCAGAUAUUACAAAACGAAAUACAAAGUUAUCAAGAGUCUAUUCCUAAUUUAGAAGAUAUUAUGAGCAAAUUAGAAGAGUUAAAAGAAAAAUUAGAUGCUGUAAAGAGAAGGAAAUUGUACAUUGAACAAAAUGGGAAAGAAUUUUUUGAAAAAUUAUAUGAAAUUUUGGGUGAACAUAGAAAUGAGUUGCAUAAAAUUUUAAAAACAGAUUAACACUGGUCAUCAUAUGAUACACUAUUAAAAUAUUAUAUCUUUUUAUUUAUGAUAUUAUUAUAUUAUCAUUUUGUAUAUAAACACUUUUACCAUGAAAUACUUUAUUAAUAAUAAUAAAUAUAUUUUAUAUUAUACUUACAGAAAUAUUAUUUACACUGUAUGAAUUCUGAUUUGUGAUUGACAAAUAUACGAUGACAACGACGAUUUACAACAAUCAAUAACAUUAAGUUCUCGGAUAGCUUUAUUUUCAUUAAUUAUUGUAUCGUAUUUCUCUGUGUUUAUUUACUUUUAUGACU